UAUUAUUAUAAAGACAUGAUAUCUGAUUCAAAACAUUCAGUUUGUAUUUGGCGCCAUGGAAUUUGAAUUUAACAUCAUAUGCUUCCUGCUUCUGCACCAGCGCUUUUUUUAUGAGGGCAGGUUACACUGCUAAUAAUUGUAACAGUUAUUGUAACGUUUCUAACAAUUGACACUGCAAUUGUUUCGAAUUUUGUAUUGAUUUCAAUAUUCGUCAGCUAAAAUGAGUUUAGCAAUUAGUUGUAGAUCAUUCGGUGCAGCAAUAAAGAAUGUUUACAUGCUUGGAGGUUAUGUAAAAUGCAAUUCCACAACUGUUGUAGAGAAUUACAAACUUAAAUGGGAACGUCCAAAAAAAGUUCCUUUCUCAGAUCCUAAACAAAGUGGAGAUUUAGGAUUAGAUAUAACUGCAAAACCCAAUGAAUUUAAAUUGCGUUUUGAGAAAUCAAAAGAAUUACAAGAUGCAGAUGAUAUAGUGAAAAAGAUGUUUACUUUGGAGUUUCAACGAAAGAAAGAAACUAAUAGGCUAAAGAACAACAAAGUAAUGGCUUUAGUAAAGCGACACGUCUGUGACGGAGGUUCUACAGAAGUUAAAAUUGCAGGAAUGACUAGUGCAAUACAUGAUCUUCAAAAUUACGUGAAGGAACAACCAAGAAAUGGACAAGCUAAAACAACCCUCAAAGAAUUAAUUGAGAAAAGAGCAAAGUACCUUAGGCAUUUACGCUCUUGGGAUUAUCCACGAUAUGAGUGGGUCCUUGAACAACUGAACCUUGUGCAUAAAAAUCUGCCACAGAAACUUGGACCAGUAACAAGAAAAACAUCAUUGAGGAAGGUGACAGAGGAGUUUUGCAAUGAUAUUAUUCAGAAGAAAAUUGAUGCUUUCAAAGUUGAAUUAAAAGAAGAGCAGAAGAAAUUCUAUGUCGAAAAGGCCGAAAAAUUAGCAUUCAUUUUGAAGGAAGAAAUAGAAUGUGGUCUAAAACCAACGGUAACGGAAGAACAGAUCGAGGAUUGCCGAAAAAAGGCGGAACUGUUAAAUAAAGCCGAGGAAAGUCAUGAUAAUGAAUAAAUAAAUUUUCUUAAAAUUGA